UCCAUUUUCCCGCCAGGCAACCCACUCCCCAAACCCCAAUCUCACUCUCUUCUCUCUGCUGCUUCACAGUCAACCUGCAGCGUCAAGCUCCGCCAACGCACCGACGAAAUGGACAUGGACUUUGAUAUUCCUCAAGCAGACGAGCUCGAAUGGCUCGAAGCCAACUCUAAUUUUCACGAAGACGACGAGGUUCAACCUAGCUUCCAAUUUGACGAAGAACCACCGCAAUCACCCCCUGGUUCCCCAACGAAUUUGGCCGAUUCAAGCACCGGUCAGAAGCGUCUCCACUCGGAAGUUUCAGAUUCGUCUAACCAGGGCGAGGAGGACACCGCUGCCGUCAAAACCGACCAGAAGAGAAGUAAAGUCGACGAUGGCGACGACGAAGACUGGCUCCGAUACUCUCCUCCACGAGACGGAGUUGUAGAGGACGAUGGGGAUAGGGUUGAUGUUCUGAUGGAAGGGGACAAAGAUGAGGAGGACGAGGAGGAGGAGGAGGAGACGAUUGUGUCAAAAUACAUAUCUAAGAUUGAUGGCGACUUUUUCCCCGUGACUGCCCCGGGAGGCGAAGAUAGGGUUUAUGCGAAGUUAUGUGGAGUAGAAACGGAAGUGGUAUCGAAGAAAUUGAACUUCAAACCACAAUCAUGCGGUCUCUUAGUGGAACCUAUCAGUGUUCUCUUCGAGAAGGCUGAUCAAUUGGCUUUCAACAAGGCAUUGAAAGCUACUGCUGAAGUUCAGGAAGAUGCUGUGGUGUCUCAUGCAGGUGUUGUUCAUGAGAAGCUUUGGGUCGAUAAGUACGCUCCUAAUUCGUUCACGGAGCUGCUGAGUGAUGAGCAGACAAACCGAGAGGUUCUCUUGUGGUUGAAACAAUGGGAUUCUUGUGUCUUUGGAUCUGAAAUUAGAAGUACAACGGAUGAGGUUCUGUCUGCUCUUAAGCGUCAUUCAACUGUUUCUCAACAUCAGAAACAUUCUGAUACGUCUUUCACGAGGAAAGGCAGAGGGCAUAAAUGGGCUAAUGGGCAAGAUAGACGGUAUGAUAGGACGAACCAUGAAAAUGAUAACUCUAAACAAGUGCAGGACUUAACAGACAAGAAACCAAGGCCAAGUGGUACUCCAGAACAAAAGAUCCUUUUACUCUGUGGUCCUCCAGGACUUGGAAAGACUACACUUGCGCAUGUAGCGGCUAAACAUUGUGGGUACAGAGUUGUGGAGAUAAAUGCAAGUGAUGAUCGGUCAUCAUCUAGCGUUGAAGCUAAAAUCCUUGAUGUGGUCCAAAUGAACUCUGUGACGGCAGACUCAAGGCCCAAGUGUUUGGUGAUUGAUGAGAUAGAUGGUGCUCUUGGUGAUGGCAGAGGUGCUGUGGAUGUCAUUCUGAAGAUGGUUUCUUCUGACAAGAAGGCAGAGACUGGGAAAGAUAAUCUUGCGAAAGGAGAACAAUCUGGAAGAACAUUGUCCAAAAAGGGCCGUAAAACAAGUUCUCUAUCAAGACCCGUUAUUUGCAUAUGCAAUGAUCUAUAUGCUCCAGCCUUGAGACUAUUACGUCAGGUUGCAAAGGUUCACAUAUUUGUCCAACCUACAGUCAGCCGUGUAGUUAGCAGGCUCAAGUAUAUAUGUAACAAGGAGGGGAUGAAGACAAACGCUAUUGCACUUGCUGCACUUGCGGAGUACACUGGUGGAGAAUGUGAUAUACGGUCAUGCUUGAACACACUUCAGUUUCUCAACGGAAAGCAAAAGGCACUCAAUGUGUUGGAUAUUGGUUCGCAGGUGGUGGGUCGAAAGGAUCAGUAUAAAGGUGUCUUUGAUAUCUGGAAAGAGAUAUUUCAAAAGAGAAAAUUGAAGGUGGAAAGAAGAUAUGCGAGUAGCUGUACCAGUACAUCUGAUGACUUUGAUUUUCUGAAUUCGCGGCUGUCCAAUCGUGGAGACUUCGAUACGAUUAUGGAUGGUAUUCAUGAGAACCUACUGCAUCUUCAAUAUCAUGAUCCAGUUAUGCAGAAGACAGUCAAGUGCAUGAAUAGUCUUGGUGUUUUUGAUGUAAUACAUCAAUACAUUAUGCGAACACUGCAAAUGCCUCUCUAUGUUUAUCAGGCUCCUCUAGCAGUAACUGUACAUCGUAUUGUGGCACAAGUCCAAAGACCAAAUAUUGAGUGGCCAAAAUCUUAUCAAAGGUCUAUGUCUGCGUUUAUCUCUGAAUCAGUUAAGGUCUUGCAUUAUACCUUUCGUAUUUGAUUGUCACUAGUGAUCAAUUUUGUAAAACUUCAGGUAUCGAACUAUGUUGACAGAGAAAGUAGAACUGUUGAGGGCUUGGCAGAGAAAAAUUCCACCACAUAUAUCUCGACAUUUAUCAACCAAGUCAUUUGCUGAAGAUUCAAUUUCUUUCUUGUUGCAUAUUCUAUCACCCUCAACUAUAAGACCGGUAUCAUUGCACUUGCUAUCUGAAAAAGAAAAGAAUGAUAUGGACCAGUUAGUUAACACGAUGGUGUCUUACUCCGUCACAUAUAAGAAUGCGAGGCCCAAUCUUCUCUCCAGUAAGCCUGAGCAAGAAGCAGCUGCAGAUGCAUCCACGCUUUCUUUUGAUCCUCCCAUUACAGAGUUUAUCAAUUUCAAGGGCAAUGCAUAUGCUCGUAAUACACUUCCCUUGGCCUUGAAGCAAGUUUUGGUUCACGAGGUUGAGAAGCGAAGGAUUUUGCAAGUCAGCAAAUCCACACAUGAUGCUGAAGUGCACAAUGAAGCAAACCUUGAAAUGAGAGAAAGAGGGAACCUUAAAGAUCCCUCCAGCAUUAUGAAACAGACAGGAGCUUCUGCUGCCAAUGGAGAAAAAGGGAAGAAAGGAGUGAGCAUCCCAAUUUCAUUAGCUAUGUCGUCCAGCGUGGAAGCAAGUCACAUUUCUGUGCCUAAUGCAAAGUUAAAUAGUAGUGGGAACCCAAAGAAGAGUUCCAGCAGCGCUGCCAACUUCUUUGACAGGUUCAGGAAAGGAGGUAGCAGAGGUUCUCAGAAAUCCGAGACUGUGGACCGCAAAGCUGCUACAUUGGAAAGAGAUUCACGACCAGUCCUAUUUAAGUAUAAUGAGGGCUUCACCAAUGCUGUUAAAAGACCAGUGAAAAUGCGGGAGUUUCUGAAUUGAUCCAACCUUUGUGCUAAUGCUUUAGAGGUAACAGUGCACUUGGGUGUCAAGUCAUGCCAUAGAAAGUACUGCAUAUCUUCAAAACUAUCCUUUUUCUCGUCAUGUAUGCUUAAGUUAACUGCUUGUCUUACUGUUGAUAGUAGGAAGAAACACUUCGCUCCCUUUUUCAUCACCUGGUUAGGGCCUUGUAACUAGAAGAGUUCAACCCUUCUGCAAAUUGUAGCUAUUUACAUUGAGUAAUCUCUAUGCAUUGUACAUUUUGUUACAGUAUGUCCAUGGAAAAAUAUAUUGACAGCCACCGAAAAGGGGUGGUAAAAAAGGUCAAAAAGAAAGAUCCCUUCUCGUGCUAACACCGCGGGAAGAACAAUCUAGAAGUAUCUACACCAGUUUUCUUUGUCUACAGUGUGUGUUUUUGCUUGAACAGUUGGUUAUAUGGUAAUGCUUCCAGUAGAGGUGCUAUCACUGGGAGGGCUGAUUGAUAUCCAGAGCAAAGAUAUCGUCGUGGAAAGGAUACCCGACCACACGUAGACGAUGGUCGGCACUCUUCCUCUCCUUCCAAGCAACCCUUUGAUGAAAGGGUACAUGUGAGCAAUGACCCAGAAGCUGAAGAAGAGCCCUCCAAAGAGCUUCCCCCACUGAGGUAUCACGCUGUACAAAGUCCUCGACAUGCCGAUCACAACUGCCAUGAGGUUCACUACAAUGAUGGUGAGUGGCACUAUGAACAGACUGGUCCAUUUCACCACGUAGAGAUCGGCAUAAAUGUCCUCCUCGUCCUCCCCCGCCGAUUUCGAGGUCAGCGUGAAGGAGAUCUCUAUCCCAGCUAUCACUUUGAGCAGCCCCUGGAUCACAGCAGCGAGAUGUGCGCUGGUGCCACCGAUGACCCAAAACUGCUCGUUCCUCCAGAGCUCCUCCAGCUCGAUCCCCGACCACUUCACUUCCAGGAGGGAGAGCAGAGUCAGCGUCACCGUGAUGACGAGGAGGUAGCAGAGGAACGCCACGUUGAGCGACUGCACGAUGAAGCUUCCGGUGAAGAGGCACCAAGCUGGAAGGAAGCAGUAGACCACCAGGAUCACCGACGUGAAGGGGUAGAAGCCGACGUUGAGGUAGGCUAUCCGCUGCAGGAAUUUGAGCCUCCUGCUCGCCAGCAGCGGGUUGUUUUUCGAGAAGAAGAUCUCGAUCGACCCCGUCGCCCAUCGGAGCACCUGGUGCAGCCUGUCCGUGAGAUUGAUCGGUGCCGUGCCACGGAAGGCAUCGCGCUUCGUCACGCAGUAGACGGAUCGCCACCCUCUAUUGUGCAUUCUGUAGCCUGUCACCACAUCUUCCGUCACCGAUCCGUAGAUCCAACCUAUCUUAUCACCCCAUUCCGUCUUGUCCUCGUACCAGCAAGCAAUCACGGCAACUGCCUCGGCGACCGUAGGUGCGUCGAGAGGCGGGCGAGGGGCCAGCAAUGCGCCAGGAGGCCUGCCGUUCUUGACGGAGAUGUGAUCGGCGAGCGGCCGACCUUGGUACUCUGCCACGGCUAUGGACUCGUUGAACAAUUGGGAGUUUCCAAAUCCUUUGGGCAGGUUGAGAUCAGGGUGGUCAGAAGUCGAUGGCUCUGAAUCUUCCAAGUGUACGGGAGCACUAGGAGCCCUGCUCUUUAUCCGACCAAACACUCCGAGGUACUCGUUUGCUCUCGGCGGCAGGAAGCCGUACAAUGCGUAUCUUCGAAACAUGCACCCGGUUCCCACGUAGACCGGACCUUGUUGUCCAUCAAGCGCACGCAUGCUUCCUUCAAAGAAGACCGUGUUGUGAUUCGCAUAUCGAUCCGACGGAUCGAUGCCUUCGAAUCUCUGGGGAAAUUGUACGUAACAGAUUCUGUCACCGCCGCGAUCCAUCAUGAAGCACAUCCCUUCUCUUAUCGCGAGAGAGUUGUAAAAGUAGUGAUCACAAUCCAAGUUGAGAAUGAAGGGUCCAUUGGACAGCACGGCCGAGGCACGAACCAUGGCGUUCAUGGCUCCGGCCUUCUUGUUGUGGUCAUAACCGGCCCUCUUCUCACGGGAGACGUAGACAAACAUCGGGACCCUGAUGUCGACUCCGGUGAAAUUGAUCCGGUCCUCGUCCGGUCCGCCCAUAACCGGUUCUGGUUCGGGUACCCGGCUCAUCACCUGCACGAUCCCGGCGUGAUCGCCUUUGCCGUGAUCCGGAGCCGACUGCCACCACGUCCCCGGCCAGUGAGUCCCGUCGGCCAUCCACGUCGCCUUCUGCACCGUCACACCUUCCGGCGGGAGCGUGCCGCCGUUCUUCUCCCUGGCGAUCGCUUUCUCCUUCCUCUCUUCCCUCCUAUUCAGCGCAUCGCACCGCUUGCGAAUCACCUCGGGGAGGCCGUUGAUUCUCACCUUGAACUCGUCGUAUUCCCUCUUGAUCCACCGCCGAUCGCGAACGAAAUCGUGCAGCUUCUUGUUCUUCGUCGGGUCCGUUUUCAAAUUGAAGUAGCUGUCCGGAUUUCUCGGUUCUAUGUUGUGCUUGCGGCAGAACGGAACCCAUACCUCAGCAAAGCGAACGGCUUCCGCCAUGGCCUCGAAGGUGAGAAUGGCGCCACCGUCGUCGGAGAUAUAGGCGGCGAGUUUCUCGAUCGGGUACUCAGCAGCGAGAAUGGAGAGCAUGGUAUUGGCGGUGACCAAGGGCGGUUCCUUCUCCGGGUCGGCGGUCGAGACGAAGACAUCGACUCCGGGUAGGUCGGACCGGCCGGUUGGGUUGGAAGGGGAGGGCUGCUCGAACUUGUCCUUCAAAGCGGCCAGGUCGGUGGCCCGAUUGAUUGGGUUGAAUUUGGGGAGAAUGUCGAGAAGCCAGGAGAAGGCGAACCAGAGCUCGCAAACAACAGAAACUCCCCACAGCCACAUUGCUUCCCUGUUGGGAUUCUGGAGUCGCCAUCCGAGGAAGAAGAAGAGAACAACCAAUCGAAUCACGAUCAACACCCUGUACGGGCUGAGAGUUCCCGGGGGAACUUUGACCUUCCUGGUCAAUGGCUUCCACGGCUUGUCCAUGAAAUCCGACAUGCUGAGCCCAAUAUCGGGCCCAUCGCGGCCGUCGUCGGUCCAGUACGCGUUCCCGACGCCGUACGUCCCUUUGGUCUCGAACAACCAUCGGUUGUGGUCGAAAUCGCCGGUCUGGGUCCGAAGCAGCAUCGAUUUGUUGUUGUUGGUGGACGUCAUGAUCGACAUCCGGCGGUCCAUCUUGGGCCCGGGUGUGGGCCGAGCCCCGAAGCGGGAGCCAGAGUGUGGGCUUGGGCCGUCGGGCUUGUUGUCGGACUUGGAUCCCGGUUGGUUGUCGGGCGUCGGCGGCAUCAUGACGGUGUAGUUGUUGUGGCUUCCGGGCAUGUCUAGGUCGUCGUCGUCGCGAGAUGUGCGGCGGCGGGCAUUACUCUGAGGCGGACGGGCGCCGGCGGGGGACGGGGAUUGUGACGAUGAUUUGUCUUUUGACCUCAAGGUUGCCAUUCACGUUAGAAGGAAUCACGAGAGCGAAGAAGAUUGUUGCUGCGAGUUGUCAUUGUGUGUUCGUGUUUGAUUAAUUUCCCCCCUACUUCCUUCUGUACAUUUUCCCCCCUUUUUCAAAUUUCCUUUUUCGUGUUUAUAUUUUUGUUCCCCUUUUUGUUUGUGUUGAUUAAGGUUUGUGUUUGGGGGAAUGGAAAAUUGGGGGGAAAGUUUUCAGGGGGAAGAAAGGGAAGGAGAAGGGAGGAAGACGAUGAAAGGGUUUUAUUUGAGCGGUGAUGAAUGAAUAGACUUUUUUGCUGGUAAUAGAGAUUUGGGG